AUGACAUUAUAUGUCUAUCCACAAUAGUGUUUACCAGUUGGUUUAACGAUAUCCCACUUGCCCUAGUAACAGCUUUUAGUGCCCUUUUCAGCGAAACAAAGUCUUUCUUAAGUAGUCCAUGAAAGAUUAAUGGGGAGCUGUAAAGGGGAUGGGUAGAAUACAAGAAUUGAGAAAUUGAGAAAGCAAAGACAGCUUUAUGCCAGACUGCCUAAAUUUCCUAACGUAGAACGUUAAGCGAGACAUCUUUCUAGUAACUAGCAAGAUGUGGAAGGACCAGGAAAGAAGGGUGGAAAAACUCAACCCAAGGUACUUGACAUUAGAUGUAUUUUCAACCUCUAUGCCGUCAAUGAUAGUGGGGUCAUGUGAGCUAACUAGUUGCUGUAGUCAUGCAUAUUAGUGAUUUCGGGUGACUGAGCAAUUUUUCAAUUUGAUGAACUAUGACUUUCUUGAGAUGUUAUGUAGACGUACCAGCUAACACCAUUUUUUCUAUUUUCUGUCUUCUCGUCCCCUCCUCUCUCCUUUUGUAUUUUGUAAGUACAUAAAUUGAUGGUGACUUAAGCUAAAAAUGAAUUGUAAUGCUGCUUAUAUUUUGGAAGCAUUAAUGCUUUGUAUAACAUUUUCUCUACUUCUACAACAACAACAACAACUACUACUACUACGACUAAUAUCGAUCGGAUCACUGUGGUAUUUGAUUACCGUUAUUUAUGACCAUUGUUAUUUCAGGUAGUCUGUCGCAACCGAUGAGAACCUGUGAAAUAGGGUGAUGAUAUCAUUUUACACUGCGGAUCUGGUCUUUUUUACUCGAUUGAAAUAUAUAUUUUUUUAUUUUGUUUAAAUAGUAAUGUGAUUAUUCUCCUUAACAUGUAUAUACUUUGCAACGAAAUUUCAGUUUGGUUCAAUUCCUUCCUUUUACAGAAUUUGCAGUCAUCUACUAUCUGUUGUUAUGAUCUCUUUGGGUUGCAAGAGCGAAGUAAAUCUCCAGUAACUGAUCCCCAAAUUGUAACUCUAAUCUUCACUGGUCUUCAGCUGUUUUCAGGAAUACCCAUUGAAUUUCAUUUCCUCCAACUGACGGAAUCUCCUCCAUAUCCUUUUUAGAUGAAUGGCCAGCUCAUCGUUUCGCAAUCAGGAUUUCACUUACUCGAUGAUCUGGUGGUCUCCUCAGUGUGUAUCCGAUUCAUUCCUAUAUUAUUUGGAAUGUUUGGUGAGCAACAGAUUUUUUGUCACUUUAUUGUCAGAGUUCCUUGUCGCUAAUCCUUUCUAGUUAACCGUCUGAUCUUCAGUAUGGAGUCAUUGAAGGCAUUUGUUGAUGAUAGUCUGCAGCAGUCUUUUUAUUUAUUUAAACGCAUGAAAACUUGGUACAAUAUGGCACCAAGAAGGAUGCGCCACACAAUAAUAAAACAACAUAGAUCAAGAGAAAAAAUAUAUAAGUAGAGAACGGAUAAAGAAUUUCAUCUGGAAGGAAAACAGUCAUGCUUAACAAGUUCAAACAGUAUUUGUUAACUGUCAUCGGGAAGGGAAGAAAGAAGGAAAUUGCAACACGUUCGCCACUGAUUACGAUUCUUGGCCAUAUCCGAUAACAUUUCGAGCCAUCGAUUUGAGCUGUUGCUUCAUUUGAUUCAUUGCGUCAGGGCUGAGAUACUGCCCGGGCGCCCAGACCGAAGCAGGUGGUUUUAUUGAGGGACGCCCCCCGAGCCUUUGACUUGGAGUCUAAUCCGCAAAGCCGCGGAUCAGCGUCAGGAGCUGCAUUCUCAUGGUUUCCGGUGACCAAUAUGGGUUCAUACGCCAUUUGAUUCCAUUGGAUUCUGGAGCCUAUGUACCCCAUGGUAACUGCUUUUAGUUUGACCGCUAUCCAGACAACCUUCCUGACAUGGUAGGACCUGCAGGAACAUUAGUCCCAGUCAGUUUAGUUUGUUGGGUCACUGCAGUAUUCAAGCCAGACCACCACUGUAAGGUAGCAGUUAUCGACCGAGUGCAGCAGUCUACUGAAUAUGUUUUUAUAACGCCAACGUUUCUGACCUAUAUAUAGGAACUGAAUGAGUCAAAAAUGUUGUUGAAAAUUCGAAUUUCGAUCUUCAUACUGAGCGCUGAAGAGUUUUGCCCUAAUUUCAGAGUAAUAAAGGUCUAUCUUUCCUUACCGAUCCUGAUUUCGAUGGCUUAUCUGAAAACAUGCUUUAACUCUGCGCUCCACGUAUAUGCACCUUCAAAGCACAGGUCAAACUGUAUGUUGAAAGUCAAUUAAGAAUUUCAGAUGAGUACAGACUGUUGAGUUGAGACGAAGUAUAAUUGUGAGUAAGCUUGACGCACUGUUGUGGGAAAUCAGAGUAGCCUAAUCGUUUAGGUGGCAGAACGCCGUUAUCAAUCAGUAAUCAUUUUGAGAAUGAUGUUCUCUACCAAUAUAUUUCAAAGUAGUGUAAAACCUUACAUGAAACAUUGACAAUUAUUAUAGUGAAACACUGUCAAGUUUGAUCACCAACUGUAAUUGCCACAUCACUUUAAGACUCCUUCGUCAUAGUCAGUGGGCUUACUUUGCAACCUGAAAGUCCUGGAAUCUAACCCUCUUGGAGUCAUAGGCUCCUACUGAUGAAGAGUCUCAAACUAAGACGAAACAACUGUCCAUUACUCCCUGUGGCUUUUAAUGGCUUUCUAAAUAAUGUGAGUUUUGGUGAAAUAACUUUAAACAUUAAUCGAAUCCCUGGAAUCUUAUACUUGACAUAUGAUCCCACAUACUACUGAUUGAUUGAUGUGAAUAGGUAACUAGGUCGAGGUGAUUGGUAUGAUUAUUAACAAUAAUAAAUUGUGUUCGAAACUGUGGCAUCCAGUAAAUAAUACUGUUUCACUGUGUGGUAUACCUAAUAAACAAACUAAUAUAGAAUUACUUAAUACCGCAGUGCCCAAGUUUUGCACAUAUAAUAAUAGGUCGAGGUGAUUUAAAGACCACUGAACAACUCGUUUGCAGCCGAGCUCAUUAAGCUGCUGUUUACCAGGUAAGCCUUCACUCAGAGAGCUGAAUCAAUUCAUGCCGUAGGAAUUAUUUCCGGCUAGCUAUUGGGGAGAAUUGGGGAUAUCUUGAACCCAAUUCUUCAUUUGCAAUUUACAAAGUUCCAGGAGGAGGGAAAAUUUCCUCACAUUUCUUUCGUUGGAAACCAUAAUUAUUCAGAUCAUACGCCUGAUUGGUAAUAUAAAUAGAAAUCAAGAAAGUAAAUGCAAUCAUAUGAAACUGUAGUGAAGCUUCACCUUGAUUUGAUUUGACAGUUGAAACAUUUCAUUCAGUUUUCAUCAGAGUGGAUUGGGAUUUUUAAAGCUCGGCGAUGGAUUUAUUGUCCUUUCCACUGAGUUUAAUGUAUAGUGACCGAAAAGAACAAAUGACUCAAUAACCAUUUAGGCUCUUAGUUAGGUGUUUGGGUUAUGAGUGAAGUAUCUGUAACGAAGAUUUCGAUUAUUUUAUUGUUAAUUGCGCGAAUGCCUCUCAGGACUUAUGCAGUAGUAGUUUCUAUCUGAAAAAAGUGCUUAAAACUGAAUUCUAAACUCGAAUCUUAUCUUUUAAUCUUAACCUUUGAGCCUAAACGAGGGAUAUUGGGAAAUAUUCUUGACACUUCUUUUUACAGUUAUUCCUGUGACAGUUUAAAAAUAUGAACUUCUUUAUUUUCAAGAGUUAGUUUGUAGGUAUUUGUUUUAUUUCAAGUUCGACCAAGGAUUGAUAUCACUUAGAGAAUCGUUGAAAAAAAGCAGGGAGUACUAGACAGCUUUUUCGUUAGCUUAGUUUGAGACUCAUCGCCAGUACACAUCCACCACCUGGGUUCAAACCCAUAACCUCCCAGUUACAAGGAAAGCCUGUAAACAAUUCAGUUACUGGGACCCGAUCCAAUGGGCAGCCCAUGAAUUCUAACUUCUAUCAACUCGUGGUUUUAGCACUACCAUCGGCUAGUGUCAUCGGUGGCGAGCAUUUUUCCUGAUUCCCGACCAGAUGAACCCCACCUUCACCAGAGUGGUCACUGCCGGUGAGUCCUAAGUUGAGGGGAAACAGCUGUUCAGUACUCUUGGGUUUUCAGUGGUUCUGUAACUAGUAUCAGUUUGUGGUCAAACCUGAAACUUCUUUAUUCUUGGCUUCGAGAGCUGAUUCUGUCUAAUUUGAUCUGAAAGACCUGUAUCCUGUGGUCUUAUGAACGAUUUAGAACCGGUCGUUUAUGUUAAACAGAUAACGGAGUUAUUGUAACUGCUGAUUGACUGUCUCAAGUUGAAACCCUAAGUUCCACCGAAAACCAAAGGAAUCAUAAUGAUAAUAAUAACAGUAAUAGUCUGAGCGCAAACUUAGUUUGUUCACUUAAACAGGAGUCAUUUUAAUGAAUACCAACAUCCAUCCAUUCUCAAAAUUCUUUUGGAUAUUUUGGUCAGAUAUUAUUAUUACUGUCGUCCCCUUGGGUCCCGAGUGGAACAUAGGGCUUACUGGCUUUCAAGCCACAAACUCACCGUUAUUGGCUAAAUUUUCUCUGCAUAAAGCUAUACAAGCUAGAGUAAAGCUUGAAGAUCUAAGUAAAAGCUGAAUUUUAAAGGGAACCAUAUAUAUGAAAUUCAUUUAUUUGUUAUGUCUAAAAUAGUAGCCUAGUGAGGGGUCAUCGUUCACUUCAAUGUACUAGCAAAGUAAUACUGGUCAUAUUGUAGACAACCUGAAGUCGUUUAAAAUAAUCAACAAGCAAAAGAAACCUAGCUUGCUACGCUUUGCUGAAGCAAUUGCCAUCAAACGACUAAACCAAAUCUAUGUACGCAGAAAGAGACAGUGGUGAAUCUUGCACUGCCCUGAUGAUAACAAAAAUUAUACAACCUUCAUGAGUCACCUUUUUCAUGUUUAGAAAACUCUAUUCUCUCUCAUCUAAACAUGACUCACCCUACCUUGUUUCUUUUCUUUCCUUUUUUCAAUUGGCUAUUAGAUAAGAUGGUUUCUUUAGUUACGUAAUCUGCUUUUUUGUAAUACUCUUUCUAGCUAAACCUUGUUUCUACACACACACAUAUAUAUACAACCCUAUUUUUUGUUUGCAAGCCUAAUUGUCUAAUUAUUCCAUAAACAGUCAGUGUUUGUAACUCUUAAUCAGUUAAAUCAUUCCGGACUAAUGUUACUUUUAAUUCCUACCAAUUACUUCUUAUGAUCAUGGAAAAGUAUGUUCAUAUCUUUAAUGUAAUUCUUAUUUUUUUAAAGUUCAGGUUGUAACUAGUUGAGAAGAAUCCUCGAAAUAAUAAAAGAUGAGCUCGUAUUAUCAUGGUACAAUUGUUGUUUUUGCUUUGUUAAAGUAAUAUUGACUAUUCUAUUACAACCAAUCAGAGCACUGUGUUUACAUACGUGUUCACGUGAUGACACGGCUUGUUGUUUUUAGUGGUAGUAGUAAUAUUAGUAGUGGGUCAUAAAUGUUAAAAUAUUUAUCACAAUACAGGUGUAAUAACGCUUCAAGAAACUUGACUCCACGAUUCCUAUGAUGAUAAUAUAAUCUGUCAAAAUGGUUUCACUAUGUACUGACAAGAGCGAAGCAGUUCAAGGAAGAAGCGAGGUAGUUGUGUUGCUACUUUUAUCAGUUCCCAGUGGUGUGUUGCCAACAACGUCUGCUUUAAAUUCUCAAAUGACAAUAUUGGUUCUUUAACCAUUAAAUGUCGACCUAAACACCUGUCGAAUUAUAACUUCAUUUUUAUCAUUAACAUUUAUGUCACACCUUGUUGUAGUACUUCAGAAGUAUUCAUGUUUGCUAAUGAAUUCACUAUUUUCGC